AUGAACAAGAGAGUAAGUGGUAACACUACAUUCACGGUAAUUUUCACAAAUCUCCCAGAACCCACAAGUCAAUCAUUGAGGGAGAGGCAACAGGACGAGCUGAAUCGCUGGAUAGAGGUGUGUGCCCGAAUUGGUGUAGAAGCCAAACCGGUGAGCCUCACACGUCUCUGGCGCCAACCGACAUCAAUACAUAUCGGGGAACCCAGGUUACUUCGUGUGACGUUGGCCAGUGAAGAAGACGUUGAAAAUGUUCUUCUUCUAGUUUUCUCAUUGAAGCUGGGUCCAGCAAUACCAGAAUUUUACCGGGCAGACCUUGGACUGAGCGUGUACACCGACGGAACGAUUUUAACAGCGCACGCGAUGCAGACAACUCGCGGGCGAUUCUCAUACACGGAGUGCCACAGCUCCCCGAAGCUGAUGAAUCCAACCGUGGAAAAAAAGUGA